AUGUUUGACUUUGGAUUUCAUGAUUGGUACAAUCCUAAGUAACUAAAAUGCAGGGGACUUAUUCAUUUUGGAAAUAGAUUAGAAAAACUUGAAAAUUUGUAUUUCAUUCCUAUUACUAAUCCUGAUGGAGAUUAACUUCGUAUAUUAUGUGAGAAAUGUAGUAAAACGGAGUCAACUAACAGAAUUAAUGUCCAAUAGACAUACACUUUCGCAAUAUCAUGGUUUAAGUAAUUUGAAUUACAUUAUUUGGGGUAUUUAACUAAUAACACUUUACUCACAAAAAAGUCAGAAAAUUAAAUUUAAUAGAGAGAAUUCUAGGAGAAGUUAUUAUUAUUGUCAUCAUGUAUCAAUGACUUAAAUCACAACAAAGUUGAAUCCUUUUUAUAAACUGUAUGGAAUUCUAAAAUGAUCUAAAAUAAAAUAAUUGACCAAUCAUAUGAACAAUAGGCAUUUUUGGCUUAUGUAAAAUAGUAAAGCAAUCAACUGUUCGCUUUGGCGUCCAGACACUUUUAUAAUAUCUUUCUGAAAGCAGAUGCCAAACUUAAAAGUUAGGAUGAUAAUGAUAUUGUUCAAAUUGAAGUUUCAAAAGACUUCGUAUUUUUAUUAGAAAAAGAAAGUUCAUUUCUAGUUAGUAAACAAUUAAUAAUUUCUGUCUAUUUAUAUCCAAGCUUAGAGUAUGUUGAUUCCUUCAAUCAUGAAAUUUAAAAUAUUAAAGAUUUCGUGAUGAAAUCAAGUGUCCAAUCUAAUCUAUUAGUAUUUCAACACAAAAAUUAAUUGAAGGUAAGUGAGAUUUUUGUUAAAACUGGUAAAAAAGAUGAUUACAAACUUAAAUUUCUUCUCAACUAUUAAUAUCGUCACAAUUGUGAAAUAAUUGACUCCAUUCUAGAGGAGAAUAGAUUAGUAUUCAUUGAUCAAACCUAUAAACUAUUUGUUGUGAAUCCCUAAAAGAAAGAAGUUUAAUUCCUAACUAAAAAGCUACAAGCUCUUUAAAGAACUAAUUAAAAACUAGUGGCUCUAUUUCAUUUUUAUAAAGAGCUCCUGAUUAUUGAAUUAUGCAAUAAAGUACUUACUAUGUCAUUACAAAAUUGUAAAUUCAAGAAAUCUAGUUAAAUCGCUGAAGAAAAGACUUUGGCUGUGUCAUAUCUUUGUAAGCCUAACAAGAUCAAGUACUCUGUGCUACAAAAAUACUAAAAUACUGAAGGGAUUAUAAAAAAUGAGAUAGUCGCAUAUAGUUUCUAAUGCAAUAAACAAUUGAGAAGAGUAAACUUAAGAAAUUCUACAGAACUAGGCAAUAUAAAGUUGUCGCUAAAAAAAGACUUGAAAACUUUAAUCCUGCUAUCUAAUGAAUAUGUUUCAGUAUAUGAUAUGUAGAAGGGUGUUCUAGUAUUUUGUUUGCCAUUUGCUUAAAAGUUUAAUGCUAACAAUUACGAUUUUUAGGGGUACUGUUUAGUUCAAAAUUAAGAGAGUAGGGCAUUGAUUUGGAAAUAGGAGAAACUUUUUGAAAGAGACAUUAGAUUAUUUUUUAAAAGACUUUGA